GGUCUCCCGCGCUCCCAGCGGAACCCUGCGCAGUAGACCUGUUUCGGGAGGAGGACUUAGGCGACGGACUCGGGGCCCAGCGUCAAUACCAGCAGCCAUUGCGGCCCAUGGCGGCUCCAGAGUGCGCUGCUCAGGAGACACCAGCAGCCCUACAUCCUGGCGCUGUCCACGCAUCUCGUAGGCCUCGGCUUCCAGGUUCUGUCCCUGGCGUCCGGAAUCUUUCUGCUGCCGUUCAGUGCUCAGGGCAACCUAAGGGCUGUGGGACUGCUACCAGAACAUAUCCCAUAGGUGGUGACGGCAGUGCAGGCUCCAGGAAGCCAAAAAAGAAGAAAACCAGGAUCAAGGCGUCUGUAAGGAAUGGAGACGAGUCCUCAGAGAAACCUGGCCCGGAGGAAUCCCCUGUUAGCGCCGAGGCCCAGACAGACCGGCUGGCCCUGGAAUUAGCCUGGUGCGUGGAGCAGCUGGAGUUGGGCCUCAAGAUGCAGAGAUCAACCCCUAAACAGAAGGAGCAAGCUAUUGGGGCCAUUCGAACCCUGCGCAGUGAAAAAGCUCCCUUGCCACGCAAGAGGCAGCUGAUGCGUUCUUUGUUUGGGGACUACAGGGCUCAAAUGGAGGCUGAGUGGCAGGAGGCCCUGCGGGCACUCAGGACUGCCGCUCUUUCAGCUCAAGUACAGUCUGUUGGUGAGGCUACCAGAAAGAAGAGUGGAAGGGUCUGCAGGCCUCGUCUAACAGGGAAAGCCAAGUCCACUCUGGACUCUCCUGGUGAAGAAUUUAGGUUCAAUUUCUUUUAGACUGUCCCCACACUCUGGAACAGUCCUCCCCCAGGUGGAGUUCGUUUUAAGUGCAGAGCCUUUCCAGAAAUUCUCUGUCAGCAUUUAUGGGCUUGGAUUAUCUGUGACUUGCCUUUGGAUCUGAGUUUUCUGUGCAAGUAUAAGAUUAACCCCAUUUGUAAGCCUUUUGAUAAAAUGUCUUGUUUGUUAGGAAAAGAGAGAUUCAUUUAGAACAUCUUUCAUAAACAGUUUAAGAUACUCAGUGUCUAUGAUUUGAUAAAGCUUU